AUGCCAUGCCACCUUAAACAGAUCACGAGACUAGCCUCCACCACAAAGCUAUCCAGUAUCCUCGAGCCCACUAUCCUAAACAUCGGCACCCCCUCCCAAGUAUCCAUUCCUCGUCUCAUCUACAGCACGGCAUGGAAAGGUGAAAAAACCAAUAUACUGGUUUAUCAAGCUAUCAAAAUGGGAUAUAGGGGUAUAGAAACCGGAGCUGAACCUCUUAAGUAUGAGGAAAAACUUGUGGGUGAUGGGAUUAGGAAGGCAAUCAAUGAGGGUUUUGUAGAGAGGAAGGAUCUUUAUAUCCAAACAACAUUUACAUCACCCGAAGGACAAGGUUUCCAUUCGGUUCAGAAAAAUGAACGAGGGGAUGGUAUCUUGGAAAAUGUGAUGAAAAAAAUGCCAUAUUCAGUCUCUGCACCCAUAUCCCAACAAAUCCACGACUCGAUUGCUUCAUCGCUUCAAAAUCUCAAGGCAUCGAGAUCUGAGAAAGAUCCAUACAUUGAUUGUGUCGUUUUCCUUUCACCACAUUCUACGAGAGAAGAAUAUAAAAAAUCGUGGGAUAUUCUGUCGAUUUAUGUUCCGCAUCCUAUCAGAAGCUUGGGGGUUGCGAGGAGGUCUGGAACGAAGGGGAUUGGUGGGGAUGACUCUAUUAGCGAUCGCAUCCCUGGAAAUAAGAAAAGCAUCGUUCCAUCGGUAUAUAUGAACCGCUAUAUAAAUCAUCGCGAAAAAGACAUCGGUUUCGGUUUACGUCAUCACUCAGAACGGGACAUGGUCUUCCAGUCCUUUUGGGAAAAAGACUCUAUGACAAACAUAGUCACCAACCCAUUAAUGCUCGAGGUUCGUUCCAUUUUGAAGGAACUUGGUUACCAAGAAGAGAAUUCUGGGAAGUUGGGAAAGUACGCGCUACUGUUGGCAAUGAGAUUACGAGAGUUUGCGAUAUUAGAUACGAGCACGAAUAUCAGGAAAAUGGAGUAUAUUAUGCAGGCGCUCAAGGCUUUGGAGAGGUGGAGAAAGGGGGAAGAUAGAGAGACGUGCGGGGCAGGGGAGGAGCUUAAAAAGAGGUGGGAGAGGGUGGAGAUAGAGGCGAAGAUGUACUUUCAAUUCAAUGAGUUGCAGUGCAAAGAAGAGAGUGUCUGGGUGGAUGAGAGGCGGCGGCAAGACGGGGAUCUCAACGUAGUAGCCGAAUCAGCCCUUGACUCGGCCAACAUAUACUCACCAAUACGUUCAAUAUGGCCUCCCACCAGCUCUCUGCAAGGAAGUGAAGAUGUCGCAAUCGUUAAAAGCAAGUCGAGAGACAUGCUUCGUUGGACGCAGGGAGGUCAUGAGUUGGAUGGGCAGACUACACUUCAGGACACAGACGAGCAGGAGCAUGGCGUGAAAAAAAUAGAGGAUACAGAUGCAGAGUAUCUCCGCGUAGAUAAGAACAAGGCUCGGCAUCGACGUCAUAUGUCUGAAAGAAAAGAUUUGUUACAUCAAGGGUAUAGUCCUUCGUUUAUCGUGGAGAAGAUUAAGGAGCAGAGGCUACAGGGGAAGGAGGCGAGGUUGAAGAUUCGCUUGAAGAAGUUGAAUAGAGGUAGGAAGUAG